AUAUUUACGAAAUACGCUUAGCGGUACAUUUUGAUGCACACAUCAUUUGAAUGACAUCGAGUCGGUGUUGAUGAAUUUCACAACUGAACUAUUCAGCCAUACAUUUGAUGUAGAACAAGAGUGUUCUCUGUUGUAUUCCAAGAAUUGUCGGUGCAAUUUUUUUCGAUAAAAACGCAAACAUGAACGUUUCAUUGGACGACUACAUUCGUGACCAAAAUGAUGGAUCCAAAAUGGACUAUCAGAAUAUGUCACUGGAUGAAAUCAUUCACAUGAGAAGAAUGAAUGUGGCGGCUAAUGCGAAAAAUGAACAGAAUGGCUUGAAUGGUGUAUCAAAAUUUGAUCGGUACGCGAAGCAAGAUGACCAUGAAAUGGACGACGAAGACGAUUUGGACAAUAAUGGUUACCCAAAAGAUAUGCCAAAAUUGGUGCCAUUUGAAGCGGCCACAUUGCCAAAAAGAAAACCAAUCUAUGAACGAUUGGGCCAACGUGGUGGUGAACGUGCUUCAAUUUGCGAGAGCAUCCACACAAGCCAAUUGAAAUUGUACCGGGAAAAAAAAUUCAAAGCCAAAAAUAGUGUGCAAAACCGUUUGAACAAAUCAUUCGUAAGUCCGGCUGUAAAGGAACGCAAUCGCAUAACAUUGCACGGAUUGAAUACGUUGGCAAAAAGUGUCGGAAAAAAUGUUCUACCAAUGAUCGAAGACAUAAGCAAUCAAAUUAUGUUGAAUGCAGUGAGUCGCCUUCAAGGUCAACAACAAUUGGCUAUACAAGCGGCUCCACAACCACAACAAAAGUACGAUAUGCAGCUUCAGAAGGAUAUCGCAAGCUUGCAAGGAAAAGAAUUAUACUACGCGUGUCCUGGUGGAUUUGUGGUCAGCAGCGAUGGUCCAGGUUUACGGGGUCAAUUGAAUGUUCCAACGCAUCAAACCGGCAUUUCGUUGAAUCAACGCUUUGCGUAGACAAAGCUCGAUGAUCAUCGUGACGGACAUCAAGUGAUAAUAAUUAAAAUAUCUACAUUAAGUAUUAAACAGUAUUUGGCAGUGGAGCCAUCAUAAUACAAUUAUUUUUCUCAUUAUUUGUUUACAAAAAAAAAAAAUCAAGUAAAUUUUGUUGUUUGUAACAACCAAAAAUGGAUAAUCUGUAGGUUAAUGAAACGAAUACCUCGUUGAUAAAAGA